AUGAAGCUUACUGUUGCUGCUAGCUUGUUUUUGAUUGCCACAACCGUGGCUGCCGUUCCCAUGGUGACGCCUCCCAAUUUUAUGGACGGUGCUGUGGCUCCUUUAUAUGCACCAGCAGAUGUUGAGUCAGUUAGCGAUGCGUACAUUGUCGUGCUCAAGAAUCACCUCGAUCAAGAAAAGGUCAACGAACAUACCAGUUGGGUUCAGACACUCGCUUCUGAACAAAACCAAGGGAUUUUGGAUAGUUGGAUACGACCAGAUUCAUUUGGCAUACGCCAUGUCUAUGAUAUGCCAAAUUUAAAGGGCUACGCAGGCCGAUUUGGACGUGAUGCCUUGCAGUUUAUCAGGCGGUCGGAAGAUGUUGCCUUUGUUGAGAAGGACUCUUUAGUUUACACCAGCGAGCUCCAACGCAUUGCACCUUGGGGCCUUGCACGGAUUUCCCAUCGCAAACGGCUAUCAUUCAACACCUUCAACAAAUACGAAUAUGAAGCAGGUGGUGGCAAGGAUAUCAAAGUCUACGUUAUUGAUACAGGCAUCAACAUUGAACACGUUGAUUUUGAAGGCCGUGCUUCUUGGGGUGAAACUAUUCCAACUGGCGAUGACGAUGAGGACGGCAAUGGCCAUGGCUCCCACUGCGCUGGCACAAUUGCUGGUAAAAAGUAUGGUGUUGCAAAGCAUGCCCACCCUAUAGCAGUCAAGGUUUUGCGUUCUAAUGGUUCAGGCACCAUGUCGGAUGUUGUUCGUGGCGUUGAUUGGGCAACGUCUCAGCAUAUCAAGGAUGGUACCGCUGCCAAAAAAGCUGGGAAAGCAUUCAAAGGAUCAGUGGCCAACAUGAGCUUGGGUGGCGGUAAAUCGCCUUCUCUUGAUCUUGCUAUAAACGGCGCGGUUGAUACUGGAAUGGUCUUUGCUGUUGCUGCUGGAAACGAUAACAGUGAUGCAUGCAACUAUUCACCAGCUGCUGCGGAAAAGGCAAUCACCGUUGGUGCAUCUACUUUGUACGAUGACCGUGCAUACUUUUCCAAUUACGGGCCAUGUGUCGAUGUGUUUGCUCCUGGUCUCAACAUUGAAUCUGUGUGGAAAGGAAGCAAAUAUGCAACCAACACUAUUUCGGGUACAUCGAUGGCCUCUCCACAUGUGGCUGGUUUGGCAGCCUACUUUUUGAGCUUGUCAGAUGAUGUAAUGAGCCCAAAGGACGUCAAGGAGAAGAUCAUUGCGCUAUCCAGCAAGGAUAGGCUUUCGGGAGUUCCUGCUGAUACAUCUAAUUUACUCGUCUACAAUGGUAUUCAGGCGUAA